GUGAGCCCCGUUUCGAGUCGUUAUAACAAUUAAAGAAGCUGACCCACGUAGGCUGCCUUCAGUGCUUUGCAACAUGACGCACACCUUAAGGAUGGCAACAGGGGCGAGAAGGAGCCGCUUUAUAUCGAUGCCACAGACUAUGAAAUAUACACCAAGCCAGAGACCAACUUUAUUGGAGAACUCCACUCGCUAGAUUUCAUGGACGUAGCUGGAAAGAAGCUCUUGUUCAGCGGCGUACUAUCGAUUGGAGCCACGCGACACUACGUUCAAGGCAUCCCUAUAAAGAGCUACUCGAUCGAAGGUUACGGCGUGGACGACGACCCCAAUGCAAUAGUCUACAUUGUUUCGCACGACGCCAGCAACGACCGCACGCACGACAUCUGGUACAGGUUAGGCGUUCCAAGUCGACCGUACAAACGCUUUCAGGACGCUUUCCAAUGGAUAGCAACAUUCGGUAAACACACCAUGGACUUUCUAGAAGACAACGAGCGCGUUAUUUUAGCGGACUUCCGGCAAAAUUUUGACAGAUGGCUUCAGCAGCGCUUUCCAGAGCAUCCAGAUGUCGGCAAAUGGCGUAAGACCUAUGGGUCGACCGACUUCCGAAAGAUACUCCAUGCAUACAUUCCGUACAUGUGGUCGGAGGCUAUGUGCCUGAGAGAGGAUUCGCUGCUAAAUCAUCCGCUGUGGAAACAAUGCGAAAGGUCCGACGAUGACAUGAUCGAACCGAAAUGCGAGAAGACAGUUGCGACUCCACAGGUCUAUGAGUGUUUCAAGAACAGGUACUUCGCGGGACAAAUCAUGGGAAUGAUGCCAUCCAGCGCCGUCCUCGAAGCUCGCGAAACCAGACUCAGAACGCUUGGGCUACCUUCGAAGAGGCAUCCGAUCUCUUCUGCCAGACCAUCACAUGCAAAUCAACAACGCAACAGCUUUGAAAUUGGCGAUGUGGUUUGUAUAGCCCCGGACGAGUUCGAGAACCAGAUGUGGCGGAAGCAAGCCAAGGACGCGGCCACCGUCCACGAAUGGAUUGGGUAUGUUCAGCGCGUCAUAUCUUUAUCGAAUGGACGUCAACGCCUGUACGUAAUCUGGUUAUAUAGACCGGAGGACACGACGAUCAGCACAACCGAUUAUCCCGUCACAAAGGAACUCUUCAUGUCUGACAAUUGCAACUGUCAAGAACAUGCACUUCUGUCUUCAGAAAUAACAAGAAGAUCUUCUGUAGAGUGGUUCUCUAGAGCGUAUAGCACGCGCAAAGAGUUCUUGGUUCGUCAGAAAUAUGAGAUGGGGACGAGCUCAUUUGUGACAUUGAAGGACACGGAUUUCCAAUGCAGCUGUCAAGGAUCUCGUUCAACAUCAAGACCAAUUACCCCGACAUACAACCGCGGAGACACGGUCUAUCUGCGCCAGAAGGAUGUCUUAGAACCUGUUGUUAUUGAAGCGAUAGACAUAACAAUGAAGCAAAUCACAAUACGACGCCUCGAACGACUACGCAAAUUCGUACUAGAGUCAAUCUGCGACAUUCCCCAGCGGAGAAUAGCCGCUAACGAAUUAAUAUGGACAGAAAAAUUCGAAUCCGUAGCACUUUCCAGCAUUGAAGGUAGGUGCUACGUACGCUUCUUCACGCCAGAGGACAUGGCAACUAGUCGCGUACCAUUUCCUUACGACCAAGCAGGCACCGGCCAUUGUUGGACACUCUCGAUUGGGGUCGGCUCUGAUGGACACACGCUUAAAGAUCUGAGCACCGCACCAUGGCAAUUGCGCGAAGGGCCAGAUUAUGCCCCAAUGGACCCGUCAAAAAAGCUUCCGGGACUGAGCCUCUUCAGCGGUCUGGGUAAUUUGGACAAGGGACUGGAAGCCGGCGGCGCGGUGCACUUUCACACUUCUGUCGAUAUGAAUGGUCGCGCUAUACAAACCCUACGAGCCAACACCGAAGACCCCGACAAGCUGAACCUAUGGUUUGGCUCUGUUGACGAUUAUCUGCACGCUUUACUUUCCGGCGACUCACCGCAUAUGAACCUUGUCGCAAAGAUUGGAAAUGUGGGAGUGAUAGCUGGGGGAAGUCCCUGUCCAGGUUUCUCUAAGCUUCAACAGAACUGGUUGAGUGAGCAGUCGCUGAGAAACGCUGCACACGUAACCACUUUCGCUUCAUUUGUGGAUAUAUAUCGACCUGAGUACGGGUUUCUUGAGAAUGUUGUCAAUAUGGGGGUAACGCGCAAAGGUUUUGAGGAAGAGCUUGUCCUUUCACAGCUUAUUGGAUGCUUAGUGUCUAUGGGGUACCAGGUGCAGCAAUUUAUCAUGAGCUCAUGGCACUAUGGCAGCCCUCAACAUCGGAAUCGACUCAUCCUAUCUAUCGCAGCACCUGGGCGAACACCGCUUGCGCCGCCACGCGCAACGCAUGGCGACCCUGAUGGUUUCAAGAGUAAGAGUGUAGGGAGACUUCUAAACGGAGAGAGAUUUGGAGUCCAGGAUUCUCAAGCCACACCAUUCCCACAGCAUGUCACGCCAGGGGAGAAACUGGCACAUCUGCCAAACAUUGGGUGCGGCGUUAUGCAUCCUUGUAUAAGCUCCCCGGACCAUGUAUUGCGAUGUCGGCCCAACAUAAGAGAGAGGAGAUGCAUGGCCCACGUCCCGACCGAUCCACCUGGUGUAGGUAUUGAGUACGCUGCAAAGCGUGGACUCGUACCAAAAUACCUGUAUGAGACGAGAAGCGAGAUAAGCAGCAAGUCCUACAGACGCAUAAACAAGGACGGUUUGAUCGGCACAAUCGUCACAGCCCCCUCACCACAUGACUCUCGCGCUGGACCUUUCGUACAUUGGCAACAGAAUCGAUGCAUCACACUCGAAGAAGCGCGGCUUGCGCAGGAUAUACCUGCUGAAGAAGUUAUCAUAGGCAAUGUUAGUGAUCAGUACAAGAUGGUCGGUAACGCCGUCGACAGACGCGUGUCGAAGGCCUUGGGGCUUGAACUCCGGAGAGCAGUGGACUGCGACGCGCACAGA